AUGGGCCGGUCGUACGUGACAGAUUGCCCGCCAGUGAGUCGCCCGACAACGCGAGGUGGAGUCACGGGUCUGACUGAAAAUCGGGUCGACUCUGCAAGGCAGCAAUUUCCGACGCGCUGUCUCGCCUCGGCGACCACGCCGAGGGAAAAAGAGCACAAGACAGCCCCACCUUGUGGCGCUAAUCGUUGCCAUGGUCUUUGUUCAACCUUGCGGUUGCUGUCGCCCCGACGGCUUCAAACCGACCGCCGGUCGCACUCGCUCGAAGUGACCAAUCAGGCCGGGCGGUACCGACGCGACAGGACAGCAGACGACGCUUCGUGUGACAGAGUUCGAGCCCUAGUCACAGUUCGAGUCCGAGUCUCACCUGCCGGCCAUUGGCUAGUUCGAACCUGUGCACUGAUUGGCUCAUCCGCGAAAAUGGCCUACGGCUUCUGGGGCUCGGGUGGUCAUGGAGACAACAUCUCC